UGCAGACGUUAUAUAUACAGCGGCUCGAGUUGCGCACUUGAUAUGUAGGCAUGCAUAUUCUCAACGACAGCCCAACAUUUCAUCUGCCCUUGAUCAGUCUCAAUUAAUCAAGGAUCGAUAAUGGACGAGACUACCCCGCAGCACCACAAGGGCGCAAUGCUCGGCCACGCCGAUGGCCAGGCUGGGCCACACCGCCAGACGCUUCGGCACCACCUCGUCGCGGCGCUGGGCGAGUUUGUCGGCACCUUUUUGUUCCUCUUCUUCGGCUACGCGAGCCACUCCAUGAUCGCCACGGCGGAGCGGCCGACCCCCGAGGGCCUCCGCGACGGCUACAGCGCCCAGGCGACCGUCUUUAUAGCCCUGGCCUACGCCAUGGCCAUAUUGGUUACCGUGUGGGCCAUGUAUCGCAUCAGCGGAGGGCUGUUUAACCCUGCUAUAACUCUAGGCCUGGGCCUGGCGGGCCAGCUGCCGUGGAUUCGCAUCGCCGUCCUCUUCCCCACCCAGCUCGUGGCGUCCAUAUGCGCCGGGGCCGUCAUAGAGGCCAUGCUGCCGGGGCCCAUCUCGCGGGUCAAUACAAAGCUGGCCCCGGACGUCAGCGUGACGCAGGGCGUGUUCCUCGAGAUGUUCUUCACCGCCUACCUGCUCUUCGUCGUGCUCAUGGUCGCGGCCGAGAAGUCCAAGGACACCUACAUCGCCCCUGUCGCCAUUGGCCUGGCCGCCUUUGUCGCCCUUAUUCCAGGUGCUUACUACACGGGUGCUUCCCUCAACCCUGCCCGAAGCUUUGGCUGUGCCGUCGCUGGCCUCCAGUUCCCAGAGAAUCAUUGGAUCUACUGGGUCGGGCCGUUUCUGGGCUCGGCCUUGGGUGCAGGGUUCUAUCGGCUUUUGAAGUUUUUGAACUACGAGGAGGCGAAUCCGGGACAAGACUCUGAUUAUCCCCUGUAUAACCAAAGGGUGUAGGCUAUACACAGGCCUGAUAUGGUAAUGAAUAUUGAGCGUUUUUAUCUUGCUAGAAGGCUUAUAGAAAGAUUUAAUCUGCCCUGCUCCUGGA